GCAAAUGCUGCCAUCUUCCAGCUGUUUGCAAGAAAGUCUUUUUGUGAGAGCGGAGCUUCCAUAAUAGCGGAGAUCUGACGCCGACCAUCCCGCAUCAUCGCAACCACGAAGACACCAACUGUUCGCAAGUCAACCACAAGGGCACGAUCUCACGACUGCACGCCUCUCAUUCACCGAGAUUCUGUUAUGGCAGAGCUGAGCCCCCUAAAUGUGGUGAUCAACGAAAAGUCGGUGGAAUCAAAGUCCGCUGACGUGAAUGCAUCCCACGAACUCGAGACCGCCGCUCAAGGCCUGCACAUGCAACAGACACAACCAUUACCGCCACACGACGAUCACGCCCUUCUACUAGACUCGAAACUCUCACAGGAUCACCCUCAUCUCAACGGCGCAAUCAACAGAGAUGCAGACAAUGCGACGCCCGACCAACAUGGUUCCGACACUGAUUCCAGCCGGCCAGAUGGUCCCAAACUCGCUGUCAAGAAGCCUCUGUCGUUCAAGCCUGUAUCUAUCACAAAAUCCUUCCUGGCAAAGGCCGCUACAACUCCUGGAAAUACCCCUCCCCCGGUCAAGAUUGCUGAGAAGCCAUCCCCUCAGUUGGCUACGCUGCAACUGAAUGCGAAGCCCCGUCUGAUUGCGAAAACCGGUAGCAGCGGAUUGCGCGACGUUCCUCGGCCUCACCCAGGCGACGGCACAAGCACUCCGAAUGGUAGGACUGUGUGGAACAAGAACCAACCUGCGCCACCUGCCCCAGCCAAGCACUACACGGACGAAGAACUCAAGCAGAAAUACGGAAUUCACCUGGCCACACGUCUGGAAUCUGAAGAGGCAACCGAGCAGAAGGCAAAAUGGGCAGAUAUCGACGAGGAUGAAGAAGAGUGGACACCCGAGACAGUUGAAUGGAUGGACGGUACCAAAACCACUAUAAGUCAUGGCGACGCUGUUCCUCCUCAACCAGAGGUGAAGUCUUUGGAGAAGCCACAAGAAGAGCUGCCUCCUACUGCUUCGACCGCUCCUACGACACCUGCCACUUCUGCUGCCCCCGUGAAGCCUUCCAUGACCGCGCUCAAACGAUCGACUCUGGCCGCACAAACUCGCACUAUUCUGAGACCUGGAGCUGCACAGCAAGCGAAGCAAAUUGGCGCUGAUGGAAAGGCUACCCCGGACAGCAAGUCACCUAUGCUGAAGAACACUGCACCCGCACCCAUAAAAUCACCCUGGGCACCUCUUCCCCCAGUUGAGAAGGCCUCGCCUGUCACAGUCAACCCUCCGCCAGCUGCCCAGGCCGGCCCCAGAUUUACAAACAGAGAUCCCCAUGGAUUUGAUACUAUGUCUCAACCACCUACCCGCGAAAUGGCUACCGACACAUUUGACCGAUCCUGGAAGGAAGGCGAGAGAACGAAUAGGGAGCUUUUCAACUCGCAGUCAGGUCGUUAUGAGCCAGCCCCUGAGCACCGUAGAGGAUCACGCCAGCAGGAUCAAUACCACAGACAGCCCGCAGUUCUACAACGCCCUACUGCUGGAGCUGGUCCUGCAGAGCCCUCGGCCGCUUUCCAAGCUCGAACAAACUCUCAGACAGAGGGAAGUCCUUGGGGCCGCAGAAGAGGAUCCAGCGUCAGCGGAAACAUGCUUCGUGAUAGACGCAUGUCCAGUUCAAGCAGAGUGUUUGAUCCGGCCGAACCUUCUCCUGAAGCCGUGCCCGAAGGCAACGGGGAACUGCAACCCUCUGCCACAGCCCCAGAAGCUCCAAACCACCAGACCGAUGGACCCGCACCUAGCGCGGUAUCGAUCGAGGAAGAGCGCGAAAAACAGAAGAAGCUCAUGCAAGAGAAGCGCGAAGCCGCUGUCAGACGCAGACAGGAGGAAGAGCAACGCGAGGAGGCUGAGAGAAGAGAGAGGAUCAGAAAGAAGAUGGAGGCUCUAGGAAUGUCUCUCGAAAAGACGCCUUCUCAAGACAAACCAGAGAAGGUCGAGAAACAGCCUGAGGCACAAAAGCAAGCAGAUGCGCCUUCUGCAACUGCUUCAAAGGCCUCGCCGGAUAAGCCACCGGCCGCCGAGCUGGCUGCACCGAGGAAGGAACAACCUCGCACGGAAGCGCACGUGUCACCGAUCAAGCAGCUUUCACCGCGAAAGGAGAAGGCUGUCGAACCUUCACUUUCCUUCACUCAAAAUCCGACUCCCAUCACCCGCCCGACGCACGGGUCUCUUUCAUCACCUCAAUUGCCUGGUCUCCAGCAGCAUUCGCCGAAUGGUCCGACGCGCAGUCCUUAUCAACAAUCAUCGUUGCAAGGCAUGAAUACAUCCUCUUUCUCGUCGCCUGGCGACCAGAAAGCGCAACCUGCGCGCUUGCCAUCGAUCUCUAGCGGUGAUUCCUUCACGGCCACGCCUUGGGGCAGCACUAGCAUGACUUCGCACACGGCACCCAAUCUCUGGGGUCCUCCACCUAGCAAUAACAGACACAUCGGAAACGGCACCUUUGAUGCAGGCUACUCGAGCAUUUCUCCUAGUUCGCGCUCCCAACAUCAAAAUGCGCCCUUCGCCGCGCCUUUCAGCCGCCCCUAUCCUCCACGUGUUUCGCCUAACGCAUUCGGCCAGCCCGGUUCUGCGCAGCCUAACCCCAUGGAUCAGCAGUAUGGAUCUCUGUCUACCCUUGACGAGCGCAUGCCCGAGCCUGUCGGCGCCUCCGCACUCGCUGGCGCGUCACCUCUACCCGAGCCUGCACGCCUUGCGUACCCAACCCCCAUCGCUCCUCCACAGAAGACAACUCCUCGUCAACAGCCUCAUCGCGAUACUUCGGCAUGGACCAACUUCUCGAACAACGCUCAAGCUGCCAGAGAAGAAGCGCAGACCGCGGCGCGCUCCCAGGAUGAGAGAGCAAAACCCUCCGCGCCCCAGCAAGUCCGCCACGCCCACGCUCACGCAAACUGGACCGUCUCUGAGACUUUCAAGCAAACGCGACGUGGCGAAGACCGUUUCCCCGAAGACAGCACUCCCACACGUGCUGUUCCUCCCGGUCCCCAUCGAGCUGGCGCAAUUGGUUCCAUCCGUUCAGGCCCCCACAGAACACACCAGGUUGUACCAGGCCCCCUGUCGCCCAUCGCCCAACAGUCGAUGAACCAUCCUCCUCCUCCUGGCGGCGAGCAGUUGCACAUGGCAGGCGAAGGCAUAGUGCGCCUUCCUUCUGGUCCCUCAAACUUCUCAAGAGCCUUUGGCAGCCCCGGUCACGUCACCACUGGUGUAAGACUCCCUCCUCUUGCUGCAUAUGCCAGCAAUGCCCAGCCUUUGCCUCUUCCCAUUCAGCCAUCUACGCCUGGCUCGACUCAACAGCAAUCGAGAUUCUUCCCCUCUGCGCUCUACGGAGGAUCUCCACCUCCCGAGGAAGCUGACCAUCCAGUCUUUGGUGGCGACUCCAGGCAUCCUCACGUCAAUCUCCCAACCCCCAAACCCAAGGUCAAGCUGCCACCUGCCGCUGAAGUGGACCACGAGCAGCCGAGUCCAGUCACAAUGCCCCGCAGUGUGCAUUCAUACACGGCCGGUGCUGUCGGCGCCAGGCCUCUUGUUCAGACCCAGGAUUGGCAAGCCAGAUUUAACGGUCUGUUCGGUAAAGCUCAAGUCACAACUACAACUCCUCCAUCGCCGCCCAAGACGCCUCCAAAGGAGCAAGCACCCGCUCCUGCCGUCGCAUCCGUCUCUAGAAUAAGCUCGGAUACUGUUAUCGCGCAGAGCGCCACCACUGUCUCUCUGCCUCGCUCAUCUUCUCCUGUAUCUACCUACACAAAAAUCGUGUCAAAGCCCGGCGUUGACGAUAUCUUCGAUGGAGAACUUAGUUUCGGCUCCACUCCUAGAGUCUUCUUGCCCCGUGGCGUCACGUACCCCGAACCUCCUGCUACCGUCUCCACGCCGGUCAGACCGCACUCGAGAUUCCACAAGGCUGUAGAUCCUCAGUCGAAGCGCGUUUACUUGUUCCCCGACAAUGCAGCCCGCGACAUCACGGUCAACAUCAAGCUUCCACUGCCUUGGUUCGUCCGCAAAGAAGUGACUCUGUUCCGCAAGAACAAGGGAGCUCAAGGCCGCAAGAACUCUAGCAGACCUAACAACAAGGGCAAGCGUAAUGCCUCCAGCAAUACUGUCAACGAUACGCCUGAUACCGCAGCACCCAACGCUACUUCGGCCACCGGCAGCAAGCCCCAGAGCGUCCCAGAUACCACCGAGAAAGUCACGAAGACGCCAUUGACCGAGAACACUGUUGCUUCAAACUCAAACUCCGAAAAUGCUGGUCUCAAGAGGAAUCAGUGGCCCAAAGUGCCCAAAGUGCCUCGUGGUCGUGGCCGUGGCGCAUACAGACCAGAAGCCUAAACGAGCAACCUGCUCACAAUUGGUCGUUAAGGAGUUAUCAGUCACUGGAAUUUUAUCUCAGGCGCAACAAGGAGCUGUCUGACUAUUCGUUCUUCGCCCUUUCCCUUUCUUUUUACGCCCAUCCUCCUGCCAUGCUGGCGCUGUGUUUUUACACUUUUUACCCUCUGUCUUGGGUUUGAUGCACGGCUGUUGCUUUCACUUGCUAAGAUGCAGAUUCAUGAAAGGUCUUACUGCGGUCAGGUGAAGUGUAGUGCAUACAGCACUUUACGUUCAAGACUUCUUCUUCUUUGGUAUUGUCACACAACAAAUGAGUAGUGGGACUCGGUCCGACAUGACUUGCUUUACCAAUAAUAACAAAUGAAAUGAUCAUUAUUCAGAUG